AUGUCGCUCCUCGAGACGGUCGCCCUCGAGCACGUGCCGACCACGCACAGCGUCCACGUCGCCUUCUUCAAGGGCGUCGCGAACGCGGGGUACCUGCAGUCGCAGCUCCUCGCGCGCAACGCCGACUUCGAGUACGCCUUCAUCGACGCGACAACCGUCGUCUCCAGGCUGCAGGUCCUCGCCGCCGCCUACAAGGCACUCUCCGUGCUCCUGGAUGGAAGGCUAAAGUCGCCCAACGUCCAUGCGGAGACCGUGCUUGCCCUCAGCGCCAGCAACAACAUCUCAGAGGCCUACCGUCGCUAUGGAAUCUCGCCCGAAGUCAAGGAUAUCAUCAUAGUCAAGGUUCUCUACCCCACCGACGACAGACCGCAGCCACCGACCGCCGACGACGUCUGGAAACAUCUUUCGGAGAGCGUGGAAGGCUCGCCUGUUCCAUUUUCCGACGAGGAGAUCGCCAAAUCCACAGACUGGUCCAAGGUCUCGAAAUACUACAAGCUCAACGGCGCGCCUUCUCUGAAGAAUAUCAAGGACGAAAAGCAACGGCUGAGAGAGACGGAGAUGCUUGUCCUGAGCUCCAUGGCUUUGCGCGGAGUCUAG